AUGAAGCAAGUAUUUGUUCCGCUGUCAGUGUUGUUGGUCCUCGUGUCCUCUUGUCCUGAUGGGGAGCUCAGCUGUACAUCUGGAGAAUGUCUUCCUGGUGGACUCAUCUGUGAUUUGAAGACAGAUUGUGAAAGUGGCUCAGACCAGGAGUUUUGUGGCUUAUGUGACUUUGAACAUCACUCCUGUGGUUGGAACGACACCAGUGACCGCUGGAGACGACAGAUGGCAAACAUCACCUCAAUACCUGGAGUGGACCACACGUCAGGAAGUGCAUCAGGACAUGUCAUCCAUUUGGAUGGCAAAAGUGCUAGUACUGCGAAAUUGGAGUAUUCUGUUGACAAGCUGGCAGCCCUGGGAUGCCAGAUCAGUUUUUGGUACCAUAUGUAUGAAAACAAGUCCUCAUCAUCAUCAACAUCCCUGAAAGUAACAAUGGUCAGAGAUCGAGAUGAGAGAGACUUGCUGGAGAUUUCUAGAACACAGACAGACGGUUGGGAGAAUGCCAUAGCCUUCAUCGGUAAUCAGCCAGGAGGAUACAAGCUGCAGUUUUCAUACAGACGUUCAUUUUGGGACACUAAGGACAUUAUGCUGGAUGAUAUCAGUUUUGAUUACUGUGGAGAUGGAGAGGUCCCUGCAGGAUCAGACCAACUCUCAUGUGACUUUGAAAAGGACACCUGUUCAUGGUACCACGACUACACUGCCAGCCUUUUGUGGGAAAGAAGUGAUGGAAAAUAUAAUGGUCCUACUGGGAACGGUUACUACAUGUGGAUGAGUGCCAAACACAGCCUAAAUAUGUCAUCAGCAGCCAGACUCAUCAGCUUCCCUCGACCUGCAGGUCAAGUCAUAUGUGUGAGCUUCUUCUACCACAUAUUUGGCAACAGCAUUGGUUCAUUGAAGCUUAUUGCGAAGCGUUCUGGUGAAGCAGAGACGGUCGUAUGGAUGAGAAGUGGCACUCAGGGAAACAAGUGGAGAUUUGCAGAUCUGACCUUCGAAAGUGACAAACCAAUACAGUUUAUUAUAGAAGCCGUGGUGGGUGGAAUUCAAGGCAGCAUAGCCAUUGAUGACAUAACGGUGUCCAUCAGUGAGACUGGCUCUUGUCCGGCUGAGAGAGAGUGCACCUUCCAGGGCUCCCUCUGUGGUCUGACCCCCGAUCCGUCUGCAAGUUUUGCAUGGAGUCGGAUCACAGGAACGUCUCAGCCAGCCAACUCUUCAGGACCCGCAACAGAUCACACCCUGGGGACAGAGCUAGGCUAUUACCUGAGUGCCCACUUAUGGAGUCAUCCUGUCGGGUCCAGAGGCGCAAUAAUGACUGCAGUGAUGGAGCCCACUGCCCCUGACGGGGAAUGCCUUAUGUUCUGGUACUACAUGGAGGGAAAUGGAGUGGGGGAACUCAGUGUAUAUCUUCAAACCACUGACAAGAACAGUCGCACUGCCCCACUCUGGAUCAGAAAAGGAGACCAGGGGAGGCACUGGAGGCACGGGAGAGUGACACUUCUCAGUCCUAACAGCCCGUAUCAGGUGAUUUUUGAAGCGGUGGUUGGAGAUGGACCGAGGAGAGACAUUGCCAUUGACGACCUCUUUGUCCUGAACGGUGCCUGUCCUCCACCAGGUUUUUGUGACUUUGAAAUGGACUUCUGUGGUUGGGUGAACAAUCCUCCAGCAGAGUCCAGAGUGGACUUUGACUGGCUCUCAGGUGAAAGUGAUGGUGAUUUAAUUCCAGACAGGGACCACUCUACAAAUUCUGCUUUGGGCCACUUUGCAUUCUUUAUGCCAUUAGAGUCUGAUCGUGAAGAAAUCACCCGGCUGGAGAGUGAGACGAUGGAGGCUGUAGACCAAGCGUGUCUGGAAAUCUGGCACAAUGUCGAUGGAUGGUUGCUAGAUGGACCCUCAGACAUUAUCCUGACAGUGUUUGUGAAUGAGACUGCUGGACUACGCCCUGUGUGGAAUACAUCGGCAUAUCGGAAUACAACGUGGAUCCGAGACAGGGUGGAUUACAAUGCAUCAGGACCUCACCAGAUUAUUUUACAAGCCAGUUGUUACAAGCCAACCUCAGUGUCCGAUAGCCUGGCGCUGGACGAUGUCCACAUCAUCAGGGGCAAGUCUUGUUUUGACAUUAUCCCAACCACUACGCCUAACCCUGCCACCACGACCACCGCCGCUCCUGCCUCCGCCAUGGACUGCACUUUUGAACAAGGUCUAUGCAGUUGGGUCCAGGAGCUCAGUGAUGAUGUGAACUGGACCCUCAGUAUCGGACUUCAAGUGGACCAGCCAUGGGAUGGGCCGCAGUAUGAUCAUACUGUUGGAAAUAAUCAAGGUUUCUUCUUACUGCUGAAUGGAUCUGGAUCUAAAGAUGAGGAGCGAGCGGUCGUCUCUGUUCCUGUCAUCAGUCUUACGUCACAUUUCUGUGUUGGAUUCUGGUACCACAUGCUCGGGCCUUCGGUAUCCACCCUGGAUCUGCUGGUUGAAACAGAAUCCUCUGAAGUGUUAGUGUGGACUCGCAGAGGGACCCAGAAUCCAGAUUGGAUUAAUGCACAAGUAACCAUCAACAUGAGCAGUACAAUUACCCGGCUGAUGUUUACUGGCCAUAGAGGGACCAACAGUCGAGGAUUCAUUGCCAUUGAUGACAUUACAGUGAGGGAGGGGGCCUGCAGUACUGAGAAUGCAUGUGGGUUUGAUUCCAGCACGUGUGGCUUUGAGAGCGACGUCAGUCACUUGGGUCGCUGGGGUCACAAGAGAGGCACAAAAUAUGAGGCGGAUCACACAUAUGGAACUGAAAACGGUUUCUAUAUGACUGUGAUGACAUCAACCACGGCACAGACUGAAGAAGCUCUGCUGCUCACACCAGAGUUAACCUCAACUGAAGACAUAUGUGUGCGCUUCUGGUACUGGUUACCUUCAGGGCCUUAUAAUCCCCUCACUGUACAUGUGCACCGGAACGGGGAGCUGGGUGAUGCACUUUGGCAACGAUCUGGAGCUCCCUCUUUAGGCUGGGAGGUGGCAGAGGUCACUGUGUCCUCCCCUACAAAAUUUCGUGUGGGGUUUAAAGCGUUCCAUGUGCCUGGGACCAACACUACAGUGAAAUUAGAUGAUAUUUCUGCGAGGAAUGGAGCCUGCAGUCCUCCAAGCAGCUGUGACUUUGAGUCUGGACAGUGCACAUGGGUCAACAUCCCCAAAGAAGGUGGACAUGACUGGGUGCUGGCUAGUGGAGGCUUCCAGGGUCCACCAACAGACCACACCACUCAGACCGCGGAGGGUUGGUUUUUGUUGAGCUCAUCUCUGCACCAGAACCACAUCAGUCCAGUACAAGUAUUGUCAGAAUGGAUCCAACCGAGAGACCCUACCUCCUGUCUGACAUUAUGGUACCAUAUGGACAACAGUGUCUCGGGGACGUUAAAGGUGUACAAGCGUUCAGGGACGUCGGAGGAGGAUCUGAUGUUCAGCAGUAACAGUAGUGGACGCAGCUGGACCAGGUUCUCUCAGUCUGUAGAGACAAACAACAAACCUUUCCAGCUGCUGAUUGAAGCAGAGUCUACCAACAGUGGAUUUAUUGCUAUUGAUGACAUCAGUGUCACACCAGGCCUUUGUCAAGUAAAUGAAACAAGUUUGGGAUUUGUGGGUUGUUACUUUGAAAACGGCACAUGUGGCUGGGAGGACAUCAGUGUUGGCCAGUUUCAGUGGAUGAGAGGAAAGAACGGUUCUGAGAACAUUGGACCCUCUGUGGACCACACAGUGGGCACUGAGCUGGGUUGGUACAUGGCAGUGAAACCUGAACGAGGUGAUCAAAUGAGCCCUGCCGCCGUGCAGAGUCCCACCAUGAAACAGGCCAGCGCCACCUGCACACUACACUUCUACUACAACAUGUUUGGAGAGGAUAUAGAAGAGCUGAACGUGGUGCUUAAGGAGCGCUCCAGGACCACCACAUUGCUGUGGCUGUCUGGUAGCCAUGGAGAUUUCUGGCAUCACGGUGAGGUAACGGUUGGUCGAUUACCUCAGGACUUCGUCAUUCUGUUUGAAGGCUCCAGGGCCUUCAACAAGCCUGGACACAUCGCCAUUGAUGACGUAGAUUUCACCAACUGCACCCUGCCUGAGCCCCAACUCUCGUGUCCAGAGAAUAUGUUCACGUGCAACAACAGUGUGUGUGUGGAGCACAACCUAGUGUGUGACUUCAGUGAUGAUUGUGGGGACCAGUCUGAUGAGAGCAACUGUGAGCAACAAGGUGUUGUGGAGCGCUGCAGCUUUGAACGGGACCUGUGUUCCUGGGCGGAGAGUGAUGUGGACACACCUGGAGCUAAGUGGACCCGUCACAGAGGACAGGAAGCUUGGCCUGUACAUGGGCCUCACAGGGAUCACACCAAAAACUCUGCUGCAGGACACUACAUCAUCCCUGUGACAGAGAGGAGGCAAACUCUAGAGAUUCUCUCUAAAACCUUACUACCCAGCUCUAACUGCACUAUGAGAUUCUUCUUCUUCAGCCUGGAUGAUGCUGCAGCCAGACUGACAGUCCAGUCCAGGACACUACAGUCUGGAAGUGACGACACUGAGCUGUGGAUCAGAGAAAACUCACAGAGCUACAGCUGGCGGAGAGCAGAGGUCACAUUCUCCUCCUCGGACAAUAGCAAGAUUGUCUUCAGAUAUGAACCAGGUGACGGUCCCAGAGGGCUGGUUGCACUGGAUGACAUAUCUUUCUCCAGGGAGUGUGUGUUUGACCCUGAUAACAACAAAUUGCCCGACACAUCACCCACCUCUUCCCCACCUACGUCUCCAGCCACAGCCUCAACUUCAACUGCACCAACCAACCCCUGUCAGGAUAAAGAGUUUUUCUGUUGGCGGUCAGCUGAGUGUAUCCUGGCAACCUUACAGUGUGAUUAUCACCCAGACUGCCCCCAGGGGGAGGACGAGGAUGGCUGCGGUCCGUGCACUUUUGAGAAUAACCAGUGCCAAUGGACUGACAUCAGUGAAGGACAGACCCGUUGGCAGAGACUGAAAGCCAGUAACAACACCGAGCCACCCACUGACCACACCACAGACACAGGCUACUACAUGAGAGUGAAUUUCAGUCAGGGGUCCACACAGAGUGAGGCCCGACUCCAGAGUCCAACGCUCUCCCCUUCAUCUCCCUACUGCCAGAUUCUGUUUCACUUCCACAUCAGCGCAAAGAGUGCUGGGUCACUCAGAGUGCUUAUGCAGCAAGCUGAAGGGAGUGAAGCAAUCCUGUGGUCACGCAGUCACAACACUGUCUCCUAUUGGACCCCGGAGCAUCUGCCUCUAGGCCUGCACCAGCAGUCUUAUAAGGUUUGGUUCAGUAGCAUGACUCAGACAAACACUGCUGAUCCUGUUGUUGCUGUGGAUGAUAUAUCUUUCGUGGACUGUGAAAAAUCAUACAAGCCACCAGCUUUAUCUGCCUGUGGCUGUUCAUUUGAAGAUGGUCUGUGUGUUUGGGUGCAGGGAGCUGAAGAUGAGUUAGACUGGAUCAGCAGGUCUGGUCCUACUGAAACCCCGAACACCGGGCCUGCCGGCGACCACACUACCGGCAAAGGGAAAUUCAUUUACAUCGAGAGUUCCCCGCCAAGUGUAAAAGGAAAUUUGGCCCAACUAAAGUCUCCACUGCUCCCACCUGCUGGUGAAAAGGGAUACUGUUUCACAUUUUGGCACCACAUGUUUGGAGCUACUGUGGGGUCCUUCAGGCUGCUUCUACAAACAACAGAUCCCUUGAAGAAAACAGUGGUGUGGCAAAAAUCAGGAAAUCAAGGGGAUGAGUGGCUGCUGGUGCAGAUUCACGUGACAGUGCAGAACGUCCACCAACUGAUUCUGGAGGCUACAGUCGGAGGAGAGGCGGGAGACAUAGCCAUUGAUGACAUCUCCCUCAUCAGUGGACCAUGUCCUGCCUCUGAUAUGUGCGACUUUGAGGAGGGAAGCUGUAACUGGCAGCAGGAGACCACCGAUGACUCUGACUGGGUCAGACAGUCGGGCUCCACUCUCAACCCCAACACUGGGCCAGACAGCGACCACACUACCAACACACCCACGGGCCAUUACUACUACCUGUCCUCCUCUGCUGCUGACGUCGACCACCAGACAGCUAAAAUGUAUUCACCGCUGUACCCUGCAGGCAAAGGAGCUUGCGUGCAACUGUGGUACCACAUGUAUGGCAAAGGAAUGGGGACGCUGAACGUUUACCAGCAGAGUGAAGGUGGGAAGCAAGAUCUGAUUUUCUCUCAGACAGGAGACCAAGGCCGGCUGUGGAGGUUCGCACAGGCAUCACUUCUGCCCCGGGUUCAGUCUUACAGGAUCAUGGUGGAAGGUGUGAAGUCUGGCCCCACCCAGGAGGGAGAUAUGGCUUUUGAUGAUGUUCAUCUGACGGAUGUUCAGUGUCCUUCUCCUGGACAUUGCGACUUUGAGACCAACAUGUGUAGCUGGAGCAACCUGGGAGGAGAUGUUGACCAGGAGGACUGGCUCCGUGGGAGAGGAGCCUCGCCAAACCCAAACACCGGACCUAGUGUUGAUCACACCACCAACUCAACUCACGGUUAUUAUCUGUAUGUGGACAGCUCAGUGGGUGAGUGGGGAGACAUGUCCUUCCUGACCAGUGACGUGUUCCAACCAUCCACAAGAGGUCACUGUCUGAGAUUCUGGUACCACAUGUACGGUGACCACGUUGGGACUCUGAAAGUUUCCAUAAAUGACAGAGAAAUGCAUUCUGGUGGCUACGAAGAAGGGACUCUGAAGUGGAUUGAGACUGGAAACAAGGGAGACAAGUGGCAGGAGGCUAAUGUGCCUAUUAAACAUAAAGAACCAUUCUGGUUUGUGUUUGUGUAUCAGAGAGGGAUGAAUACAGGUGGGGAUGUCGCUCUUGAUGAUAUCAGCAUCCAGCCUGGCGGCUGCUACUCAGACCCCCCUCCUGAUGAUGAUAAUGGCCCGUUGUCCAUUGGUCUGGCAGUUGGUCUGACUCUGCUAGCUGGAGUCGCCAUCUUCAUCUCCGUCUUUAUGUUGAACAGGAAGCGUCGUGCAAUGGAUCAGUCAGCACUUUUGAGUAACGACGCACUUGACCAAAACAAUGCGUUUGACCUCCUUGACUGCAAAAUAGAUGGCACACAACGUGGAGCUGAAUCUGACUUUAACUUCUUCCAAGAUAACCACGAUCCGAUGACAAAUGUAACUGACAGCACGAUGGAUUCAUCUGAUGCUUAGUCCAGAUUAUGUAACUAAAACCAAUUUGUAAAUGGUGCCUUUGUUCUUAGAGAUAUUAUAUUUCCAUUAAAACUAUUAUGUAGAAGAUGAAAUGUUGAUGUCAGUGUAGCAUUUUGAAAA